AUGGAGGCACUGAUGAUUCUUUUAAGAAGAUUGGCGUAUCCUAAUCAAUGGAGUAAUCUGGUGCCUGUUUUCGGGCGAACAGUAUCAGAACUGAGCUUGAUAUUUAACAAGGUAAAAUUGUUGCUCUGUCCAUUUGUCUUCCCUGUAGAAGUUGCCUGUAUUCCCCUUUCAUUUUACCAUUCUUGAAUUUGACCAGGGGUGAAGAGAGUCUUGCAGUACAUUUUGUGUUGCUUGCUUCAGUAUUGUUUGUUUUAGACUACGAAGUCAAGUUGAGGGAAAAAUUUAACUCAUCCUAUUCACUGGAAUAACUCUUUAGUUAUAAUGAUAAUAUUUAUUCACUUAUAUUGCACAGAUAUCAAUAUGAUAAUUUUCAUCUGCACAUCACAAAAAUUAUUCAAAUUACAGAUCUAAUUACAAAUCAAAUCAAAUCAAAUCAAAUGUUGGUUUUUGGGAGAGGGGAAAAGCGGAGUACCCGGAGAAAAACCUCUCGGAGCAGAAAGGAGAAUCAACAAACUCAGCCCACUUAUGACGCCGAGUCUGGAAAUUGAACCCAGGCCACAUUGCAGGAGAGGGAGUUGGGUUCCCUUUCACCAUAAGAAACCCAUCUAAUACUAUCCUUAUCAAGGAUAAUUAGAACACAUUAUUUUUAGACUUGUAUAUACUGUUUAUACAUCUUCAUUAGUGGGGGCAACCCUGGUAUUUGUAAUUUAGUGAGGUGAAUCUGCAAGAAAUGAAUAAAAUAAAGAGCUUCUCUUGUUGUACUCUUUAAAGAUCUGUAAAGGAGGCUAGAUACCAAAGGAAGGUAUAAGAUCUAAUUCAAUAAAGGUUGUUUGGUAAAAUCUGAAAUAACACUACUUCCAAACCAAGUUCCUCGGGCCAAGCAAAAGGAACGUAACUUCAGUCAGGAAAGAUAUAUAGGAUGUUGUCAUACAACUUUAUACUUCAUUUACAAAUAUUUGUUUCAUUUACUCUUUAGUCUGUUCAAGCCCCAAAUGGCAUGAUAGCCCAUAUGUUUGGUCCUAUAGAGGGUCGCCGACAUGAUGCCUUCAUGCUUGGGGUGAGUGGCCUGUCAGCUAAACUGCGUCGAUUUGUUCAACCCAAUGGAGAGCCAUAUGUCAUUUAUGGGGAUCCUGCCUAUGGUAUUACACAGAACAUUAUUGCUUUAUUCCGUCAAGCACACCUUACAGAUGAUGAGCAGGAAUUUAAUACGAGAAUGAGCAGAGUUCGGACAAGUGUGGAAUGGGGUUUUGGUAAAAUCUGCCAAAAUUUUGCAUAUUUAGACUUUAAAAAGAACUUAAAGAUCCUUUUACAGCCUGUGGGUAAAUAUUAUUUAGUUGCAUGUGUUCUUAUCAAUUGUCACACCUGUUUAUAUGGCUCACCGACAACCACUUAUUUUAGUUUAGAGCCGCCACCCCUGGAAACCUACCUAUCCAACCUCUGA